GUACAAGGAAUCGAACAUACAUGUAUUACUUUUUGUACCAAACAUGACUAACAUCAGAGAUAGAUCGCGGAAUAUAUUGGUAGUUGCUCCAAUUAAAGGGCUGGAUCUCGUAUUAAAGAAGCAUGUGAAAACAAAAAAACAAAGAGGAUGUUUUGAAAAUGAUGAAUUUUAUUUCUACUCCAAUUUCUAUGCUGUGGAAACCCCUUUGGAUUUGGGUAUUAUAUAUUCAAACUGCUGUGUCAUCAUUGAUAGGGAAUCCAUAGGAUGUGUAAUCGGUAUUGCUGAUUUGGGUGGUAUCGUCCAGGCAGCACUGGUGGAAGCAUAUCCGCAUCUUACCGGCCCAUCGUUUGAGGGCUCUUACGUCUGCCUCAACAAAUACUACACCCGCCAAUUAGUGGGUAGUAAGGCGAGUGUUAAUGUCGCCUAUGAUUGUACUGAUGUCACGAGAUUUGAUUUUGCGAAAAGAAAUCAUACGCCUCUUAGUGCGAACAAGAGCUUCCCUGUGUUCGUAAAACCUGCUAUGGGAACAGCCUCCUGUUUAGUUGGCGUGGCUCGAGAGGACGAUAGUUUACGUUAUCAGAUGAAGCUGAUAAAAAAUAAUGUGAAAGGUAUACUCAGUCCAUUCAAGGGCCUCAUUGAGCAAUUUCUAGACUUAAAAAAAUAUCCUCAAGCCUUGGACGGCCUGGUCAUGCUUGAACAAUACAUAGACAUUAUUCAGGAGCCGGUCUCAAUACAUGGUGUGGACGGUCUAGUUUCACACGGUAAGAUUGUCCCAUGGGCUAUCGGCGACAACAUCUACUGGCCCCACCGCCCUCAAUGUUUUCAAGGAUGUGGCUUCCCAUCAGCUCUCUCAAGGUACACCCAAGAAGAGAUAUGGAAAGUGUUUCACGCACUAGUUGAAAAUCUCCAAAAGUUUGGAUUUGACAAUGAGUUCGUUGAUGUUGAAUUGUUCGUCUUCAGGGAUGGAACUUUUAAGCUGAUGGAGAUAAACGGCAGGGCCUUCCACUUCAUGUUCAAGAUCUAUGAUGAGAUUUUGAACAAGGGAGAUAUUACCGAGGCCUACCUCAGUGUAAACAGAGGAAUAACGCCUGAACAACCUACACUGAAACCGAACCAAUUUGGUUUAUUUGCAUAUUUGUCAACAUUUGGCUCCGGGAAAGUCGGUGAUUUUAUCAACAUUGACAAACUUGCCGAUUAUUCUGACAUUAGUCGGUUUGGAUUCGAAGUCGAUUCUCCAGUUGAACCGAAAGGGGAAUCAGGUUUUACCCUUGGCUACCUCAGCAUUAUAGAUGUGUCCUAUGAAGCGUGUCUUGAAAAAAUGCAUAGUAUUAAGACUGACUUGCUGAAACAACCUGAAUUCUCCCCAUGGUGGAAUAACUAACACUCCAUUACUCCACCACUCAUCAUAGAAGGACAGUAUCUAUACAGAAAGUGUAUGAGAACACGAUGAUCGCUCUGAGGGAAUCGACGGCUUCGCUUUUGUUGAAAUGAUAAUAACCCAAACAUGUAUAGAUAUACGCUGAAUUGUAGUAAUAUAUAUACAUAUACAAGUGUUCAGACUGGCAGGUGUUCACAUUCUGAGUUUUUUACAUAGAAAUGUUUAUAUGAUGUAACAAACCAGAGGUCUAACGUUCAUAAUUUUAACGUAGCAGUUUUUCGAAUAAAAACAACUUAUCAUUCUUUUGAGUUGUCAUAAUUCACUUAUUACAUUAGAAUCGGACAAACUCUGAGUCUAGGGUUUAUAUCUUUGUCAGCGACAUAAGUUGCCAUUCAGUGCAUAACCUGGGAAUGCAGUACUGAAAGAUUCUAAUAGACAUAAGUUGCCAUUCAGUGCAUAACCUGGGAAUGCAGUACUGAAAGAUUCUUGUUGUGAUACUAAUCCUCUACAGAUUAUCUUUAUCAUAUUUAUCUGUAGAUUGAUGCUAUAUCUCUGAUUUCUCUCUAACUCUUCCAUGAAGUUGAAUUAAUCUCAACAUCUUAUUUUUUUAGCUUCUGUAAGUUACAGCCAGAUCUUCGAUUUUAUAUUGUCAUUUUUGCAUUAAAAUUAAACUGAAAAGUUGGAUUUUGCAAGUGUGAAACCAUAUAUCUAUAUAUUAUUCAAUUAGUUUAGAACCGUUAUAUUUUAAUCAUAUUACAACAAGAGAUACCUUAGUUGAUACUUAUGUUAAUCAUUGAUUGCGUGCAAGUUUUGGUUGGUGUCUAAAUGAAGUAUUUUUGUGUAUCUCACUAGUUGAACUUUUGUCGCUUUAUAUUCAGUGACAGUUAGCACUUUUGUAAGUAGGAAUAUUUUGAUAUAAUUAAACAUUAGAAAUUUAAUUCUGGUAUCCUGUUGAGUCUACAGGGAUAUGUGUUGCUGAUUUGAGGUGGUCAUUCUAUAAGCCAGUGGUUACCAUCGUGAGAUAUCACGGCUUUCUCUCAGUGUCCUUCUAUUCUUGUGCAUAGCAGAGAUGGUCUGAGUAUCAGAAUGAGUGGUUACCAUUUAAACUUGUACUUGUGAUAUAGUGUAUGCAUUUUAUCUAAAAGCCCAAAAUGGGGUGUAAAUUCAAUGUUCAAUGCUAUAACCACCUAUAGAGUGAUAACCAAAAGGAGUUUGUCAAAAUCUUUAUCCCCGAUUAAAGCUUUCAUGAUCGCAAAAUAAUAAACAAAUGUAUCAAAAUAUUGAAAACUCAA